AUGGCAUUCCACCAGCCUACGCGACAAGUUCAACAACCGCGGAUUGCCCGUGCCGAGUCUGAAGAUGGGGGUUCUGCCAUCCUCUCACCCCAGGCUCGCUUGGACACCAAUGAACCCCAUACAUGGGUUUUGUUUACACCAGGUACUGAUGCCGGAACCACAACCUCCUACCUGAGCUCUGUCCAGGAUGAUCAAAUCACACCCGGGAGAUCCAGAAUCAGCGAUUUGGGAAGUCUUGACACCGCAGCGCGCUCCGACUUCAACUCGCAACCGAGCAACUCCGUAGUGCCAUCUGUGGCUCUUGUAAACAGCAUCGCAGAAGAUGACGCCGAGCUUGACAGCCUCGACAGCCACCUCCCAGACUUCAGGACAGCGCAUAGUCCAUAUCAUCAGCCAGACAUCAUCCAUUCGACGCACAUCUUCCCUGGUCACGAUGGCCUGGGUUCGUUCCGAUUCGAAGUGCCCGGUAAUAGCGUACAGGCUCAGGAGCGCAUGUAUGCUUUUGAACAGUUCAACCCAAAUCGCGUCAUGCACAGGAGGGAGAGCUUUGACUUGGCUCGCCUUCAGCUGGAGAGUCAAGAGCCAAAAGAGGCGGAGCGAAAUCAGAGAAUAGAGGCGUGGCGGUUAGAACAGAGUCAGCUUUUGUUGGAGGAUAUCAAAAAGGAAACAAAGAGGCGGAGGAGACAGUCAGAGCUGUCGGCACAGAGGGCUCGGUUGGAGAAGGGCGUCUUGGAAGAUGUGAUCGCAAGGAGCGUUGCCGACGAGGAAGCCGAAGAUAUCAAUCUUGCCGGUACAGAAUGGCACGACCAGGAUGAAGCAUCAACGGACACCUCGAAGGGAGGAUUGUGGAGUCGACUCACGCGCAAGGUAAUCUGCGACAUGAUGGGCAUUGAUGACAAGCUACUCGCUAUUCUAUUUGGGGAGGUGCUUCCGGAUGAGGACGAUAUGAAAACUCCCAGAGGGUCUCUCGAGGACUCAGCUCACCCCGCGUUUGCGAACAAGGAAUCAGAGUCACGCGACGACUCGACAUGGCAACUACACAUGCUGGAACGGAUUGCAAAUGAGCUUGGCGGAAUUGUCCAUCAGAUGUCGACACAUCCUGGGGCCUUUUCCACUUACAGUCGUGUUCAACAGACGCCCCUUCCAUACGCCGGGUUGCCCAUGAUACCAGAAGCGCCAGACAGCAUUCAAAGGAUGAACAGCAGCGCCGCUUCCAUGCCGCAAUUCAAGCCCACCAUUGGACAAUCGGCAGAUGCUGGCGUUGCGCAGCCAUUGAAUGCCAUCCCGUCCACGUCCUCAGACGCUACCCCUGAUGUGGCCACCAGCAACGGCCAGACUUUUACGCAACAGGAGUGGGAGCAAGAUCUUGAUAUCCGCCUCGUUUUCCGCUACCUACGGUCACGAUUUACUUCGUCUCGCCCAUCAUCUCCUCCGUUCACAUCGGGAACAUCGCAUCUAGCCACCUCGAGCACCCAAGAGUUAGCGGCCAAGGCAGCCCGGAUUCGACAGCACCAUCCACUGGUAUCCCACGCACAUGCGAAUUCACACGGCCACCACCGGCCCCGUCCGGCGGAGCGACGCAGUUUCAGAUCAACAACGCCGGCUAAUCCUGUCACAAUGAGACAUGGUCCCGGUAGCUGUGCAAGCCAGAGCACAAGGCGAUCUGCGAGGAGGAGUAGCAUGUCUUCGAGGCAAUCAUCUCGACAUUUUUGGGACAUUGGGGGCUCCAUUGGGACUGGUAGUAUCAUUGCUAGCGCCGGGCCUAUUAUGGGAAGUUGGGGCGAGGUCUAA